CUUUGCAUCCAGUCCAGUCUCUUUCCUCUCUGCUCGAGCUGCCAUUGCUAUCGUGCCGUAAUUCCUCUCGGUGCCCCGGUUGAGUAGUUUCAAUCUUUGUGGAGGGGAAGAGAGAGAAAAGCAUGGCUGACAAGGCGGUGACCAUCCGGACGAGGAAGUUCAUGACCAAUAGGCUUCUCUCUAGGAAGCAAUUCGUGAUUGAUGUUCUGCACCCUGGAAGACCCAAUGUUUCCAAGGCCGAGCUUAAGGAGAAGCUUGGAAGGAUGUACGAUGUGAAGGAUCCCAACUCAAUUUUCGUUUUCAAAUUCAGGACUCAUUUUGGAGGCGGAAAAUCCACUGGGUUUGGCUUGAUCUACGACUCUGUUGAGACUGCGAAGAAGUACGAGCCGAAGUACAGGCUCAUCAGGAAUGGACUCGAUACUAAGGUCGAGAAGUCAAGGAAGCAAAUGAAGGAAAGGAAGAACAGGACCAAGAAGAUCCGUGGUGUAAAGAAGACAAAGGCUGGUGAUGCAGCCAAGGCUGGAAAGAAGAAGUGAGGUUGUAGGGAUGUCCUAAUCUCGAAAAAGCCCAGAUGCGGCUUCCAGCUCCUCCUUACUGUGUUUUCCUUUCUUAUAUUUGAUUUGUCGAAUGCCAUUUUUCGCAUCUUUUGUCAGACUUAGUUGGAUCAGAAGUUCAAUCAUAUCCUAAAUUUUGAUUA